ACUCGAGACCACCGCCUCACCAUGGACUUCGCCAAGUUCCGCGCAGGCCAGGCCCAGCAGAUCGCCACCCUCGUCGGCGACGCCGCCGAAACCGCCGCCGCCGUCGUUCCCGUCGCCCCAAAGCCAAAAGCCCCGCCCAAGGCCGCCUCGCACAAGAAGAAGGCCACCCCGGUCAAGCGCACCGCCGCAGUCGCCGACCUCGACGACGCCCAACCGCGCAGGAGCUCGCGCCGCAACCCGGGCAGGGCCGCCAAACUCCAAGAGGACGACGAGGCCCUCAAGAAGCACCAGGAGGAGCAAGAACGGCUCGACGCCGCCGAGGCCGAGGAGCGCAACCGGCUCAAGCACGGCGACCGCCCGAUCGAGGCGCGCGAGGGCGGCGUCAACGACGCCCUCGGCCAGGACUCGCUCGACGAGCUCCUCGACCGCCUCGCCGCUUACGACGUCAAGGACGAGGACGCCGAGCUCAAGUGGAACGUCGGCGAGCGGCCAAAGGCCGAGCCGGACAAGAUGCGCAAGGCGGCCGCCGGGUGGGACCUGCGCGCCAUCGUCAAGAUCAUCCCUGACCGCAUCUACUCGAUGACGGUGCACCCGGACCCGUCGCGCGACCUCGUCUUUGCCGGCGACAAGACGGGCAACAUUGCGUGCUGGGACGCGACCGACGCCGGCACGCUCCGGCCCGACCUCGACGCCGAGACCAAGACCAAGAUCCGCGACGGCCUCAAGAAGGAGGACGGCGACGACGACGAUGACGAGGUCGACGAGGACGAGGCCGAGGAGGACGAGCGGCAGUGGGGCAAGUGGUGGCACUGGAGGGCCCACGCCGACCAGAGCGUCUCGUUCCUCAAGUUCCGCCCGGGCGAGCGCAAGUCGAUCUACUCGUCGAGCUACGACGGCACGAUCCGCGCGACCAACUUUGAGACGAAGCAGAGCGAGGAGGCGAUCGACGCGAGCGAGUGGAACGGCGACACGCUCGUGCACUCGUUCGACUUUGACGCUGCGACCGGCAACGAGCUGUGGGCUUCGGACGACGACGGCGGGCUCCUGUUCCGCGACUUGCGUGCGCCAAAGUCGACGACCAAGCGGUGGGAGAUCGACGGGUACAAGGUCGGCUGCGUGUCCAUCAACCCGGCCAACUCGGGCCUCGCAGCUACGGCGCACCUCAAGCGCUACAUGGCCCUGUGGGACCUGACGACGCUGCGCGGCCUGCCCGAGGACACGGACUGGCGCGACGUGCGCGAAAAGGCGCUCGUGACCGGGUUCGAGUCCAAGUACGCGUGCUCAAGCGCCUACUUUGACCCGACCGGCACGAGGCUCGCGACGACGAGCUACGACGACAAGAUCCGCUUGUGGGAGGUCGAGCCCAAGACGGCGAUCCAGGACCUCGCCAACGUCGAGACGUUCAAACCCAAGCAGGAGAUCCUCCACAACACGCAGGUCGGCCGCUACGUCACCGUCUUGCGCGCACACUGGUCCCAGGUCCCGACCCUCCCGCCGCACCUCUUUGUCGGCAACAUGCACCGCACCGUCGACCUGUACUCGCCCGCCGCGUCGAAGGCCGUGCGCCGGUUCGACAGCGAAUCGCUCACGGCCGUGCCGGCCGUCACGGCGGCGCACCCGACGAGGGAGGGGCGGUACUUUGGCGGUGCGGCGAGCGGCAAGGUGAGCUUUUGGACCGAGGACCUGCCCGAGGACGCGUAGAGCGGCGGGCGGCCGGGGCGAGGAGGGGAGGGGCUCGAGCGUCGUCGGGGCUCGAGCGACAUUCUGCAUCUCUAGCUUAUUCU